AUGAACUCGCCGGCCCAAGCGUCUCCAGAUGCGUGGAGGCGCCGCCUCUCACACCCUUCACUCUCCACCCCGUCCUCCACCCCGCUCACCGAAUCUCCCUCUGGCGGAUCCUACCUGCCCCUGCCCCUCCACCUUCCCUCGGUCUCCGGCUUGAGGGCCGCUCUCCUGGGUUACCUCGGUGAAGCUGAGGCCGCCUUGAGGGAGCGCCUCGAGGUCGAGUCCAGCGGCUACUUUGACGGAGAAGGCGACGAGCGUGCUCACUCUCCGCCAGUGUCAUCAGAGGACGAAACGGACAAUACGGAUUCGGAUACUCCAAUGGGAACGUCGACGGCCGUUCAAGCGCACGGACAACUACGUCGCCGGCGUGCUGGACCUUCCUCACCAUUGGAGGAGAAGCGGUUCGACCCCAUUGAGCCAGGUGUGCUCGACCAGCUCGCCAAGCUGCGCGAGGACGUCAUCUCGCUCGUUCCCGGCAAUGCAAAGGAGUGGUUGCACUCCCUUCCGACACAGCUCCACCGAGUCGACAACUGUCUCGCCGAUCCGCUAUCUGCACCAAAACAUGCGAUCAAGGGCGCCAGGCGACGUGUGAUCGACGUCGUCCACGCCAUGCUUCCUCCGGACGACUGGGAGGGAUGGGAGCGCCUCGGUUGGGACCAGGGCGAAGGCGAGGGCGAGGACGACGAAUCGACCCCUCGACAGAUCCGUCACAUCAAGUCGUGUUCGCUCGACGGUCAGUACUCGCCGGAGGACGACGAGCCCGAGUACUUGUUCCCUAACCGUACCCCUGCGCCCGCGCAGGCCGUCGCGCGCCACCGUCACCGCCGCGCACGUUCGCUCGGUGCCGCCGACGUUGCUUCGCUUCCUCCCUUCCUGGAUCAGCUCGACCAGUGGAUCCGCCCGGCUCUUACCGAUGUCUCGGCCAUCGUGGACGACACUGGCGAGGCGGCCCCGGUCGAGGAGGUUGUCGAGUCGGGAGAGGAGACCGAAGACGCCGACUCUGACGACCUGGAGCCGUGCGAGAAGCACGGUGCGCACCUCGCAAGCCCGUACUCGUGCCCGUCGAUCGAGGAGUCGCUCGUUCGUUCAGACUAUGGAGCCAAGCUUAUCACGUUUGAGGACCUGCCGUUCUGGUGGCGCAACAACCAGUACAUCCACACCGGCUACCGCUUCAUCCCGCUCGGCAAGUCUGGCCCGAUCCCGCUGAUCAAGUCUGCGUUUGCGCUGCACAACGAGACGGUGAACAUCCAGAGCCACCUGAUUCCCACGGUGCUGAUCCUGGCCGUGAUCCCGCUGAUCGUGUGGAAGUCGCCCCUGCCGAAUGCGCACUGGAUCGACACAGCGAUGCUGGUUAGCUACCUGCUCGCUGCCACGUCGUGUCUGUUCUCGUCUGCGUCGUGGCACGUCCUCAGCGGAUGCAGCAACAAGCGCUGGUUCGAGUGGGGUGCGUGCGUCGACUACAUUGGGAUUUCGUGGCUCAUUGCCAUGUCGUUCAACACGGUGGUCUACAACGCCUACUACUGCUCGCCCAAGACUGUGCUGUUCUACACGACCGUCAACGUCGCCUUUGGUGCGCUCGGCUCGUACCUGCCGUUCCAAAAGUGGUUCAACCAGCGCAAGAACAAGCACUGGCGUAUCCUGUUCUUCCUCGCGCUCAACGUGGCCAUGUUUGCGCCCUGCGUCCAGCUCUUCGGCACGCACGGCCUCGAGGCCGGCUUCCGCUUCGUCAAGCCGUUCACGUGGAGCAUCCUGUCCUACGUCCUGGGCCUGAUCUGCUAUGCGUUCCACUUCCCCGAGUGCAAGUUCCCGGGCCGCUUCGACCGGCUCGGCGCGUCCCACCAGCUCUGGCACACGGGCAUCGUGUGCGCCAUUUAUCUGCACUACCGCGCCAUCUUCGCGGCCUACAAUGCGCGCUGGGAGUACUCGUGCAUGGCGAGUGAGCCAAGUGCGUCUCUGCCCAUGGUCGUGACGCAGAUGCUCUUCAGCAAGGCCUAA